AUGCAGUUCCCAAUCAUCAUCGCAACCGCAGCGGCCCUGUUCCUCGGGGCCGAGGCCGGUGCUGUGCCCCGUCAAGACCCCCAUAUCACCGACUUCCGGAUCUGGAGCGAACAGGGGUGCGGAGCGGCCGGUAACCUCGGCGUCUGGACCAUCACCAAGUCGCAGACCGACGUGUGCCAGACAACGUUCAACGCACCGGACAAUGUCGUUAAGGCCAUUCGCCUAAGCAGCCUUACAGAGGGCUGUGAGAUGACUGCCUACCCUACCGCCGAUUGUGGAGAGGGAGGUCGCCAAGUCGGCGUCCAGACUUGCGAGGAGUGGAGCGAUGUCGCCGACAACUUCUUGAGCUUCAAGGUCACCUGCUCUUAG